AAGACUGGCUUCUCCUCCCCUGUCUUGGCACUCUUGGCAUUGUCAGCGGCUGCCUAUUUGAAGCAGAUGUUCCGUUCAAAACUUGUCCCCUUGGCUCAACUUGAACGACGACUUUAUUCAAUGGCUGGCUCUGAUUAUGACCGUGACCGUGACAUUUCUCCCUCUAGUGGAUCCAGCGUCGAGCCAUCUUCUGUCCAUCAUUGUCAAUGGCAAGACUGUUCUCAGUCUUUUGUUGACCCAGAAACUUUAUACAACCAUCUUUGCAACGAACAUAUUGGUCGAAAAAGUACCAACAAUCUUUGCCUGACCUGCAAGUGGAAGGAUUGUGGAACGAGCUGUGCAAAGAGAGACCAUAUCACUUCUCAUUUAAGGGUCCAUACCCCGCUGAAACCUCAUGUUUGCGAGAUAUGCAAAAAGUCAUUUAAGCGUCCGCAGGACCUGAAGAAACACGAAAAAAUUCACACUGAAGAGCAUCAUGCUGCCCAUAAACACUCUAAAGCAAUCACCGUCGUCGAUCCCGUUUAUGUGUCAAGAGUUCGAAAAGAGUCGGGCAACCACAGUGAGAACAAGUCGGAAAAAGAUAAGCCAGCAUCACGUAUACGUGCACCUACUCCACGCUCCGUGUCCCAUUCGUCUGCCUCUCCAGAAAGCUCUUUACCUACCCCUUCUCCUGAAUUGACUCCGCCUCACCAUCAUACUCAUCAUUCACCUCUUCACGAUGAUCUCUUCAUUCACAACCAACUUCCUCCCUGGGAUGGUCUUCGUUCCGACUCUAACGCGGUACAUGUAUCUGCCGGGUCCAAACGUUCUCAUGAUAACGAUUAUAGCGUGGACGAUUUCUUCAAUGACAUGAAGAAGAGAAGGGUUAAUCCUUCUUAUGAUCCGGGCAUGGUCGAACGUCUCAAUAAUAUGGCCUAUAAUCGUUCUCACUCCAAUGUGCCUUUCAAUCCUCGUUCUGUUUCGUUAGAUAUCCGCACGCCUGAAGAGCUUGCGGCCGUAAACGAGUUCUUAGUCACCCUUGGACGUGAUGUAUCUGGAAUGAUACCUUCUACUCGCUCGGGCCAUCACACCCGUUCUCAAGGGAGUUUUACUUCUGAAUCCUUCUUUGAUUCUGUUGCCUUGAGUCAAUUGGGCCUUACCGGGAUGCCUGGUUUACCUCCGACUGAGGAUUUUGUUUCUGCGCCAUCGUCAUAUGCUGGUGGCCCACCUACUAGCGCGACGUUUACACACAGGCCGGGCUCGUCUGGUAUGUAUUCUGGCGUCGGUGGGGAGGCUGCCUCUGGCCGACGUUCUUCGAGAUAUUCUCAUCUCCAACAAUAUGACUUUCCUGGUUCAGGUACUUAUCAUCAACUCACGCCUCCACUGGAUCCUAGCUCAGAAUCUCCGCACUCUACGUCAACUCCUGUGAGUAUGCAUGCCAUGGCACAGUUCAGCAAUAACAGUCGAUAUUCUGCUCUUUCCCCUACAUAUUCAUCACAUCCUUCCGUUUCUGGUCAGUUCGGGGUUCAUCUCAAUCCUUCUGCCGAGAGUGCAGCUGGGUUUGAUUAUUUGCGCGCUUCCCGUGGACCUGUACCAGAUGUAGGGUUAACCAUACCGGAAUCAAUCGGUGUUGACAAGACUGUACGACGCCCGAUGGUGCUAUUAAAGAGCAUACCUUCGAAGGAGGAUCCUUCCACAAUCGCCUCUUCGGUUGGUGCUCCACCCGAGCCACUAGAACCUAAACUCACCCAUGGUAUUCACCGUGGACCACCGGCCAAAUUGCCCUCGAUUGAAUCCUCAUCAUCGAGAAAGCUUACACCUGUACCUUCCCCUUCUACUUCUGCGUCCGCGCUCUAUCCUACUCUUACGCUUACUGAAGGAGAUGCACAAUACAAACUCCCGCCCCUGAAGUCAUUUCGCUCUGACUCCCCAUCACUGGCAUCUAGGUCUACUACCCCUAGUUCUGUCGAUGAUUCACCACGCCCACAGACUACCGUGCUUCCUAGUUUGAAGAGUCUUGCUGCGGUCGGAUCAGUCAGCCUACAUCCGCCAAGGCCGAAGCGAUCGCUGACCGGUGAAUCAGAUGAGCUCGCACGCGAGGUCGGGAAGAUUGAGCUGACAGGACCUGGAGCACAUUCUCCUGCGCUAUUACAUUCCUCGUCAUCAUCCUCUGCUUAUGCGGAACGUGGCUCUCCUCUUCCCAGGAAACCGUUCCAUGAUGUUAACAUUCCCCUCGACGAGCGUCGGCGGCAUGCAGAAUUUAUUAGGACUUUGUUAGUGGCUAUCAAUGAGGAUUACAUGAAACGGUCGGGUUCAGAGUCCAAUCGAAGCAGUGUGAAGCAGGAAAAUGACGAGAAGAUGGACGUGGAUGAGGCGGUGGCUAUCAAGCCGCGGCCGUCGUGCAAUUCUAGCGUGAAUAUAGAGAUGUGUACCGCGUAAGGUGUCGUUUAUGUUUUGUAUCCUUCCAUGUAUAAAGGACUUGCAUUUAAAAGUCAUUAUUUUGUAUUAUUCACAUAAAAUUAA